CCACCUCGCCACCCACCCCCAAUCCAACCCCCAAUCUCGCCGCAAUCCCCAUCGCCGCCGCUGCGAAAGCUAGGGUUUCGUGCGAUUCACCUCCUCGGCGACGACCGAGACCGCGAGCGAUUUCGGAGGGCUCGAUCGAUGGCGGCUGAGGGAGAGAAGAAGAUGAUCACCCUGAAGAGCUCCGACGGGGAGGAGUUCGAGGUGGAGGAGGCGGUGGCGAUGGAGUCGCAGACGAUCCGCCACAUGAUCGAGGACGACUGCGCCGACAACGGCAUCCCGCUCCCCAACGUCAACUCCAAGAUCCUCUCCAAGGUCAUCGAGUACUGCAACAAGCACGUGCACGCCGCGGCCGCCGCGGCCUCCAAGGCCGCCGACGACGCCGCGUCCGCCGCCGCAGCCGUGCCGCCGCCCUCCGGCGAGGACCUCAAGAACUGGGACGCCGACUUCGUCAAGGUCGACCAGGCCACCCUCUUCGACCUCAUCCUGGCCGCGAACUACCUCAACAUCAAGGGGUUGCUGGACCUUACUUGCCAGACUGUUGCUGACAUGAUCAAGGGGAAGACUCCUGAGGAGAUCCGCAAGACCUUCAACAUCAAGAACGACUUCACCCCUGAGGAGGAAGAGGAGAUCCGCAGGGAGAACCAGUGGGCUUUUGAGUAGAAGGCAUCAAGGCCUCUGAUGUCUUGGUGCUUAGAUCCUUACUCCGUAUCUACGUAUGCUCUGCUUUUAUAUGUCGUGCUGGUUGUAAGUAUUUUGGAGUCCGAUGGGGGUUCAUGUGCACGUUUAGUUGGUUAAAUGGUUAAGUUCUAUCCAGGAAAAAAAGAACUGAUGUGGUCAGAACUACUGAACCUGUUAUCUGCAUUAAUUAAUACUAUCAAUCUGCAGUGAAAUGCUUUGCUGAAAAGUA